UGGAACAGGUAGACUGAUACGGAGAAAGAAACAGGAAGUGAUAUAGAUCUAGACUCUGGUGACACAGACUACACAUCUCUAGGACAGUCCUCCUGGCUGGUAUGUUGUUUAGUUCGAAAACUAGACUUGGACUAAUAAGGUGUGUGCUGGGAAAUUUGAGAAGGGGCAGCUCUUGUGGAUAUGAACUACACUGACACGGACAUAGAGGAAGAUGGCUUACGAUUUCAUCCCGAACAGCUGACACUAAAACAAAUUGUCAAGAAAUUUCCUUUACCUGCCGUGAUUCAGAGUGACCUGGGCUUCCUGAAAGAGAAGCGGCUAGACCUGUCCCAACCUUUAUUUGCAUACAGCACGAGGUCAAUCAAUAAAGUCAGUGCCAAGAGUGUGCGGUGGUCGAGCAGUAAACCUGCAGACUACGACUUGGUCGGUGAUGAUUUACUCAUCCCAGAAGACUAUUCAGGAUGGUUCACCGUUUUGAAAGAAAAUACCAAUAAGCCAUCCUCGCCCUACAGACGUGUGUCAGAAAUAAACCAAUCAAGCAUGACUAUGUUUUUAGUGGCGGGAAUAUCUCCAGUCCAGUGUUAUUUUAUGACGAAGAACAAAACGGCUGUCACUCAUGCGCCCCACCAGCUACUUCCUGGUGAUGUCAUACGCAAGGGCAGCAAGCAGGUUUUACACGAGGGCUCGGAGGCUUUGAAAGCCCUUUACGAGCAGCACAGUGAGUGCAGUGGCGUGUCCUUCUCACUCUUUCACGACGAAAAGGACAGGAACAUUCUGCUGAGCUCAGAGCAGAGCGGCGUGUUUUAUCCCAUAUAUCAGGAAGGUGGUAAAAAGACAGAGGAGAGAACUCUAGCAAUACAGUUAGCUGACUUAAUAAAGAUCACUACGCUUCCUGUGAUAGUCAAGUUACUCCACGGUUGGGUGCCGAUGAUACAGUGUGACUUCACGGGAACACUGUACUUGUUUGAUAUGGACCUGGAGGACACUGUGGUCGCCUCAACUUUCGUCAGAGAGAUCGUCGUCAGCCUGGAAAUUCCACUAGAAUCUGAUAUCAAGUUUCAAGUAGCCAAUACAAAUGUGCAACUCAAAAGCAGCCCUGAGUGGACCAGCGCCUUAAGGCAUUGCAAAGCCAAUGCACCCAAUUUCACUAAAGCGAUGAAGGUUAUCCGCCCUCAAGGCUCAGUGGACAUUGAUGAAAGUAGCUUGGGAGAUCGUGAGUCUCCUUAUAAUAACUUAUCAGAAGUCAAGACCGACAACUCGCAGCAGCCUUCUUCCAUUACCAUGGUUAAAGAGGCAUGGAAAAAUGAUCUCGAACAUUUGCGUAUGCUUCAGUCCAGCUUGGGCGGUGGUGAUUCUUCUUAUAAUAACUUAUCAGAAGUCAAGACAGACAACUCGCAUCAGCCUUCUUCCAUUACCAUGGUUAAAGAGGCCUGGCGAAAUGAUCCUGUCCAGCUGCGCAAGCCUCAAUCCGAUCUUCUGAGCCGAUCUUUUCGACUACCAUCAGUAAACAGCCUCUCCAGGCGUGUGGGUGUCUACGCUUCGGACCAAAGCUUCAACAUGGACAUUAUGCUGCGGAGAAAGCAACGCAAAAAUGCAAUCAGGAUUGGGAAAUCUGGGCAACUGCGCCCAAAUACUACUCCACAGACACUUCCUAGAACGGCAGGCCAUACGCGUAAUCCACUGCCUUGCAGAAUAAGUUCCCCCGAAGAAGGCGAUUCGUCAUAUGAAGACAAUACAAACUGUGACACAGUCUACAAUACAAUACACGUUAUUUCGAAGGAUGAUUACAGUUUAGACCUAAGUGCUAUUCAAAUUUCAGCCAAAGGAGGUAGACCUGUUGACACUCAACCAGACUCAUACAUAAACUUGCCAAUAAAAGAAUCCCGCGUUCCUCCGGGACUUCCAUCUAUAAGUACAAGAGGGAACUACGAUGGCACGAAUCACGAGGUGGCUAGGUCUCCGAGUAGACUAAGAAGCUCUGUUUUUCACUUAGUCCAAGGCAGCGAAGGCAUUAUCACCAUCAGCCCUCGGACGUUCAGGGAAGAGACCCAGGACGAGGGUUACGGUGAGAGUGACACGGAAGACGGAAACACCCCGUUGUUUCUCUUUCACGGCUCCAUUGAGAACCAAGACCACGAGUACGUCACCCCUUCAGAGCUGGCGUCCGAGAGCGAUGUGGACGAGAACACAGACUAUAAAUUUCCCUUCCAUCCUCAGGAAAGCUACAGGCCACCUCUGCCACCUCGACCUAAGCAGCUUUUAACCAACGCUGAAUAUGGGUGCUACAAUCGCGAGAUGUUAAUAGACGAGCUCAAGAAGGCCAUUCCCAUCAGCACAACUGAAGAACUGGCUUUAAAAAGUUUAAACAUGGCGGAAUUCACUUCUUUAUUGUGGCAUCCAAAGGAAGAAAUUGAGAAUCUUUUAGUGUCUUUAGUUCCCAAUAUUGGAGCUUUAAAUUUAAAAAACAUAGCUAUGUAUUUCCUUUCAAAGCGCAGCAGAGUCCGAAUCUUGACAGAAAUUUGAUCUGUUUUACCCUCAAUAAAAAUACUAAACUCUUACUCUGCACUGAAAUUCUGUUAGUUUUGAAUUAAACAAACAAAUCUGAAUAAAUUACUGAACCUUGAACCUCAGUAUUAUAAUUAGUCAAAGGAUUGACUAAACCAGAACUCGACCAUGAAAAUUAAACUGGCCUUAAGCAAAUGCUUUAUUUUAUUUUGUUAUAUAAAUUAUAUUAUUAUAUAAUUCAAAUGUUUGGAUACAAAUCGUCCUUAUAUAUGUAUUAUGAUUGUCUGUCACUGUACUUGUUACUUAACCUUAGUAAAAAAAAGUCUAAGAA